UGAGCGCGCCCUCUGGCGAGCAGAGCACGGCGUCUUGCCUACUCUCUCACUCUCCUCCGUUCCGUGAACACCGUGAGACCCUUGGAGUGAACUCCGGCUCCUGUCCUCCUCUCCCUCUCUCUAUCUGAAUCGCUCCCUCAUUUGGGGAAUAAAAAGUUUUGUUUUUUUUUCACCUCCGCGUAUAUAAAACUAUUUCGGCUCCGACCAUGGCGGCGAGUGCGAAGCGAAAACAGGAGGAGAAACACCUGAAGAUGCUGAGGGAAAUGACGAGUUUACUACCGAACAGAAAGUGUUUUGACUGCGACCAGCGCGGCCCGACCUACGCGAACAUGACCAACGGCUCCUUCGUCUGCACCUCCUGCUCCGGUAUCCUGCGAGGUUUGAACCCUCCCCACAGAGUGAAGUCCAUCUCCAUGACAACCUUCACGCAACAGGAAAUAGAAUUUCUACAGAAGCAUGGAAAUGAGGUGUGCAAACAGAUAUGGCUGGGCCUCUACGACGACAGAAGCUCGGCUGUGCCCGACUUCAGGGAACCGCAGAAAGUCAAAGAGUUCCUCCAGGAAAAAUACGAGAAGAAGCGAUGGUAUAUUCCUCCAGACCAAGCCAAGGUGGUAGCCUCAGUCCAUGCCUCGAUGUCGGGCUCCUCCGCCAGCAGCACGAGCAGCACUCCGGAAGUGCGGCCGUUGAAAACCCUGCUGGGAGAUUCAGCGCCUGCUCUACACCUGAGCAGAAACACACCCAGCCAGUCCCCUGUAGUGUCACGUGUUCAGUUGAGCCAUCAGGACAGGAAGUUCGAUCUGCUCAGCGAUCUGGGGGGAGACAUCUUUGCCGCUCCGGCGUCACAGUCUGCGGGCAGUUCCGGCUUCGCCAACUUUGCCAAUUUCAACAGCCAUCCAGCAGCACAGAAUGCUAACGCUAGCACAGAUUUUGCAAAUUUCGAUGCGUUCGGGAGUUCUGCCGCCGCCACCGUGCCGAGUGCUGCUGCGUUUCCCUCUGCCCCACAAGCACCAUUUCAGCCUGCACAAACAGGUGGCUCAGCAGGACUGGCCAACGCCAACUUUGCCAACUUUGACAACUUCCCCAAGUCUUGCAGUGCCGACUUUGCCACGUACGGCUCCACCCAGGCCAACUGCUCUGGGGGUGGGGCUAAGGCAGAUGGAGGAGCUGUACCUGCUGACAGGUACGCUGCGCUUGCUGACCUGGACAACAUCUUCAGCUCUGGCAAAACUGACCAAGGUUCGAGCUCGGAUCCUCCCUCUGCAGGUGUGGGUCCGCCCCCUCCUCAGGCAGCCAUGUUGGGGGGCGAUCGCUACGCUGCACUGGCUGCGCUAGACACCGGCUUCAGCAUUCCAGCCCCCAGCAACAGCAGCUUUGGCACUGUCACCAGUACCCCGGGGGCUGUGUUUGGAGCUCCUCCUGGAGUAUCUGCACCACAAUCUCAGCAGGCGGUGCUGCCCCAGGGUUUCGGAGGCCCAUCGACGAAUCCCUUUGUAUCGACUGGUAUACCACAAGCUGCUCCGCCCUCAAAUCCGUUUCAGGCCAAUGGGAGACCAGCAGCAGAGCUCUCAGGAGUUUUUCAGGCCCAAGGCUACCCUGCAGCUUAUUUCGCCUCGUUCGGUCCCGGCUCUAUGAGCAUGCCUGCUGGCUUUAGUAACACGCCUGCCUACAACCUCCCCACAAGCUUCAGCGGAAACUUCCAGCAGGCUUUUCCUGGGCAGGGCUUCCCUCAGCCGCAGGCCUACGCUCAGCAACCUAAUGGUGGAGGUUUUGCUGCAUUUGGUCAAGGCAAAGCUGCUGUAGCUCAAUUUGGACAGAACAUGGUAGCACCUGGAGUCACUAAUAACCCAUUUUUGGCUGGAGCACCAGUGGCACAGUACCCUGCAGGAAGUUCCUCCACGAACCCUUUCUUAUAGCACCCCCACUCUGAACAACCCCCUGGCGGCGUGAGACACUCGCUCGCACCUCUUGCACUGUUUUGUUGUUCCAAGUAGCUUUAAAGACAUGUUUCUAAAGACUUUUUUUAUCAUGUUAGUACAAAUGACAACGUUGCACCUAACAAAGGGUGUCACGUAAGACGAUGAUCCGUCUGUAAACAACCGAAAACACAAAACAAGGUAUCGGGGUGCCUACAGGAAGGGGCUCGUUUCCUUCUUUCCUUUGCUGAAUCUGUGAAAUUUUCCGGCCUGGGAAUAAUGAUCCGUUUGAGCUAAGUUAUUUCAAAGUGGUCCUGUGCAUUUUAAUGCUGCGCUCCUAUACACAUCUAUUUUCUCAGAAAGGGGCAGAAAUUUAGCUCGUGUGCAUAUCAGUAUUUAUAUCUUAAUCUCACACGUACACAUACACAAAACUUCAACUUCCUGUCCGUCAGAACGAUCUGCUUAAUGCCCGUACACUUAAAGGAUAACUAGAGGAGAGAAAGAGAGGGAGAGCGCGAGAGACUCUACCAAAGAAGAGCAUCUCUGCAAUCUUUGCUAUUUUUUUUUUCUUUUCUUUUUUUUCUUUUCAUAUUUUUCAUCAUCUUACUUGGUGGCUGUAAGGAGUUUCAGACUGGCAUCACUCCCAGACUCUCACCUGGACAGGUGCUAUACAGAAGCUCCUAAACUCAUACCACUUAAGUCAAAUGUUACAUGAAUUUAAGUUAAUGUAUGUACAUGUUUGUGUGUGUGCGCGCGCGUGCGUGUGUAUGUGUAUACACAUACAUAUAUAAAUAUAUAUAUAUUAAAAUUAAUUUUAAUUAAGAAA